GUUUUGGUGUUAUUUUUAGAGGCCUUGACUUUCACUAGAAGGCCUGAUAAACCGACAAUCGUGGUCGAAGGAGUGAACAGCACAAAUGUGGAUCUCAUAUGGGAAAUUCUUCCUGGCAGUGGCGAGGUUGUUCAAAACCUUUUCUUGAUACGACAGAGGUUGGGGGAUGUCAAUCAAGUACAAAUUGCAUCGAGGAAAUAUACUAGUUCCUUCAAUCUAGCGACCGAUAGCUUCGCCAACGAGUACAGAGCGAACCUCCCAGCAACGUUGAGGUUGUUGAAUGUAGAUAACACCGAGGAAUAUGUUUACACCCUGCAAGUCAGCUACGACCUAAAUAACAACGUACAACGGGAUGAAGACCGUGUGACAGUUAUCGUCCGCGGUAAGUCUAACAAUUUUGCUUUCUUUCUCAGACGAAUCUACAAAUCUUUUACGUAGAUUCACACCAACUUCUUUUCUCGUUUGUCAACCAAUUUUAGGUGACCUUCAUUUCUUCGCCUCUUAAGUUUUCUUGGCAUUCCUUGUCCUUCUUUCUAAGUUAGCUUACUUCAGUGCUUACUUACUCUUGAAAGCAUCAGCUUAUUAAUGCCAAGGUUUACUGAAGUAUAAAUGCUAUGAAGAUUGCAUGUAAAACUUUCCCUUUCGAGAGGUCAGUACCUUGCCGCUUCCAGGCCUUAUCCGCAGUUUAUUAACUUUUAUAGCAUUUCUAUGUUCAGUGGCUGUCGGGAAAAAUUCGAUCGAAGUGGAUUCGUGGAUACGCCGCCCGCAGUCACUACAGUUUUUACUAUUACUUUAUUCUAUGUUGAACACGGUCUCCCAAAAUUGAUUUAACUGAUAGUGUGUUUAUAUAAAGCUUGUAUGUUUGUUGGUUACGAAGUUGAUUUGAGAGUAGGUAGUGUAAAAUCCACGCAUAAAGGGACGUACCGUUUAAAAUAGCAUUCCAUUCAGUAUUUGGGCUGUUUGAAAAUUACAGUUCUCUAGGGGUGUCUGGGGUGUCCCUGAAUGAAAUACUCGACAUUGUGUAAUGCAAAACAACGUUGUUUACCACAGUCCUCUUGUUGUAAUCGAUAGAGUGGGAAAACGAUAUUUGUCUUGUUGUUCUGUUUUUGAGACCUCUUGCGAGGCUUCCACAAACCACAUUUUAGGGUUUCCUGUGCGCCAUUUUAAAAGACUUCCAAUAUAAACCUCGUUUAGUCGUAACCUUCAGAAUCACGCUAGCCUUUUUUGUCAACAUCAAGUGUUGGAAGUUCAUAUAAACCCAGUAGUUUAAAUUCUUGUUUGCCUCUUUAAGGUUACAUUGAAGCAGAUAGAUCAAAAGGAAUGGUAGUUUUUACUUCAUAAAUGUGUAGUCGUGAAUUGAUUUACAUAAAUCUUCACACCCAUAUUGUUAGUCACUGUAUAAUCGAGAGACUGCCGUGUCAUGUUCAAUUGUGUUUAAAAUUUGAAUGUCAAAAGAAAUGGUUUAAUGCAUGCAAAAGUACUAAGUAUAUAAAUACUAUUUCGGUGAACUUUUGCCGGUGAGUGUUUUAAGCUACUUAAUCGUUAAGCAGUUUUUAAUUUUAAAGAGUAUUUCAUCGUAGAAUUCGCCAGUUGUAUUUUAAUUCGUUCUUUUAAGACAAUAAUUAACGGAUCGUACAUGUAGCUUUAAUAUGAGGAAAAAAUUUCAAAUGUUGAGCUCCUUUUGUUAACCCAAACAAUGGCAGCUUAAUUUCAUUAACGUUUUGCCUUUUUACUGGCUUUUUACAUGCAAUCAAGGAUUAUUUGGGUUUUUUUCUUAAUUUUGUUUACUGAAGAUAAUAAAAACAGUUUGGAUUGUAAUGAGAUAUGUUGCUUUUAACCUUGACCAACCAACGUUCAAAUUCUUGAAUUUCUGGCGUGUAUUUAAUCAUGUUCUGUAAGCAUGCAAAAGCUGUAGAUAACAACAUGUAAGUGAUGUUUAGGCACAGUUACACAGCAAAAGUGCAUCUGCUCGUUGCUAAAAUUAUUUCUAACUCCCGUAGAUCUUAGAUUUAUGUACACACGUGAAGGAAGAACAUGAAGAUAAGGAUAAGUUGGAAAAAGUAUUAUUUUUGAGUUGAAGAAGAAACGAUGUAAGAAUAAAUUGUUCUUUACUAAAUUACAGAAAGGAAAUACAGGUGUUGGCAAAAUUCCUGCAAUGUGGACAAUUUUGAAAUUUAUUCACGUAGAAGUACUAACUGAUGAAAAUAUCUGCCUUAGGAUUGAAGAAAAAAUUGCAAUUACCAGGAACGUGUUCUAUUAGAAAACAAAGUAAUUUUACAAAUCUGGUAAUCUAGGGGUAAUCUGUUCAUUAUACUUCUAUUUUGAUGAGCUGUCAAUUUUCAAAUGAACCGAACCAUGAAAUAUCAAGGGGCAUUUUCCAGAAUUGUGGGGUUUUUUGGGCAAAUAAAUGUUUCCUCUUCUCCCCUCCCCCUCCCCCUCCCCCUUCCACCCUUGUUUUUUUGCUUCCGCUCUAACUUUCACGCAAUAACUAGAUUGGAUACGUGGGGUUUGCAGGCUAUUUUUUUCCCAAAAGUAAAUCUUGAGGUCUUCUUGUGCCUAAAUGUUUAAUUAUGGUCAUGUGAUUUAUUGCAUGACUAAAAAUUGAACGUGUAGGAGAUAAAUUAAUGAAUUGGUAGCAAAUUUUCUUUUGUUUGAGGUUAAACACCUGUAAAAUUGGCACUUCUGAUAGAGGGUAAAUAUACCCUACUUUCUGCAUUAUUGUGGAAUAAAUGUUUGCCAAAAUUAUAGCCAAUAAAUCAUUUUCCACAGGUAUAAACCCAUUAGACCCAGGCCUUAAACUACUUGAGUAGUGGCUUAAUUUGCAUCAGGAUGGCAAAAUGUUUGUGUGACAAACAUGGCAGGGUAUGGAAUUGUUAGUUUUUCCCUUUGAUUUGAUUAAGAGGCCCCGAUUGGCAUGGGGAACCUGUUGUGUUGCGGCAAUGGCAUAAUUUUUACCACCUACUCUAAUUAAUUACGUUUUGCCGUUUCAUUUCUCAUUUUACCAAUUAUGUACAUGUACAGCUAUAUAUGUCUUGCUUUUUUUAGCGUAUUACAUAACCUGAUUUUUGCCUCCAAUGUAUACAGAUAAUUAUUUCAAACUGUAUAUAUUUUUUAAUCCAGAUUUUGAUUUUGUAAAUACACUGAAGAAGCUAUAUAAUAUGUUACAUAACAAUUAUUCACCUCAGUGUCGGUGGCUAGUGGUGGAUAUUUACCUCGUGGAUAUUUUCCACCACUAGCCACCUCCACUUCGGUGAAUAAUAAUUGUUUUACUAUAUACUAAGACAGUGAGAUAAUUGAGCACAAAAUUGACGAUUUUUAACUCAGUUACUGUUGCCAACGAUAACAAUUUUGGCGCACAAUGACCAAACGGUCGUCACGUUUUCUUGGUAACAAAUAAAACUUUUGAAGGCUUUUGUUUAGUUCUUUCGUCAAAAGGAGUUGUGAAUUCUCUUUGUAUUGUAAAACCAUUCUUUAAAGAAGUAAGCUUUUAAUAUUUAUGAACAAUUCCGCUAAAUAAAGUAGCGCAAGACUUAAGCUGAAUUUGCAUUUUGUGUACGAAGAAACUUUUUCACCAGUUUCAUUGAUAAAUUCAAGGCAAACAGACAAAGCUUUACCUGUUAAAACUUCCAAACCGAAUUUCGCCACCUUCAUCGUGUAUUUCAGGAACAUCUUGUUUGAUUAUUUGUGAAAUUUCUUUGUUUCUUACAGCAACAAACCGGGAAGCCAUUUUGCCCAUAAAUUACACAAGUUUGGGGUCGCUCGCUCAGAGGAACUGGAGCUGAAUUAGUGAAUAGUGCACGAUAUUCCGAGAUUAAGCAGCCAAUCAGAGCAUGCGAAAAACACUAUGCACUGUUUUAGUAGUCUGCUACACAGCCGUUUUUGGCUGUCGUAAUGCAACGCUCAACUAGAGUGGUGUUGUUGUAGUCAAGUCCUAUUCAAAAUUUAUGAGAUAAGCAGCAGCAGCGAGCAAGUCGAGCAACUGUGACGCACUACAUAAAUGUGCUUAUAAAGUUGCCAGGUAUAGUUUCGGGAAAUCGCUCAUCGGUAAUUUUAUAAGAUUGCUUUUGUUUGAAUCAGUACCGCAACACAAUAAGCACGGCAUCCGGCACACGAAAAUUCAUCAUACAUAUGCAUGUUAAAAAAGAGCCAACUGAUCCUGGUAAGAGUGUUGUAGGCCUAUCAAAUUUUUUUUUCUCUUUGAACUUUGUUAACCGCUUUAAACAAACCUUUCUGCAAAUUAACCUUUUCAUUUCUUGCAGACACAGAGCCCGUCCAAUUUAUCAUUCAAUGGACCUUUUGCGUCCAACAGUUUUUUUUCGGCCAAAAUCUCCAAAGUAGCUAUUGUAGAAACUAAGAGUGCAACUAUUGAUUUUUUUUCUUCUCCUCCUUUCCUUCUCCUCGCUCUUUCUUUUUCUCCUUUCCUUUUCUUUCAUUACUAUGAUUUUGGAGCUUCUCGGGCUUAAGAAACAUACCUUUUGACGCUUUUUCACUCAAAUGACUGCAAAUUUUGUUAAGUUGGUUUUCAAAAAAUUGGCUAGAUAUAUAUUUAAGCAGUAGAAAACGUUUUCCGUGCUUGCAUAGCCUGAUAUAAAGACGAGAGGUGUUGGGAGAAUUUAAGACAGUUAUGCAAAGCCAAGGGUUUGCAUAACUGUCGAGAAUUCUCCCAACCCCUCAAGUGUUUAUAUCAGGCUAUGCAAAUACAGGAAAAAAGUUUUUAUUGCUUUUAUAAAAUAACUUUCCUGAGAAAAAAGCAAAACUCUUUGUUUAGGGUAGUAAUUGAAAGAGAAAUUCUUACCAGUUGUAAAGUCUUGUACACGAAGCUUGUACGCGUACUCAGUUCUUGUUUUGAAAUAAAGUUGCUUUCCAAAAAUACAAUGAAACCUGUAUUAAGUGGACACCCUCUGGGAAUGGUGAAGUGUCUGCUUAAUACAGGGUGUCCGCCUAAUACAGGUUUCGAUAGAUAACGUCAGAUGAGGUGUCAAAUGCCAUUCAAAUGAACAGUGGAGACGUUUAGAAUACUCCCAGAGACUAUGACGAUAUCCGUUUGCAUUAAUGCCGUUAUUAAUGAAAGAGGACCACUUGAUCAUAGUACCAUAAACAUAUACUGCAACUCAACCGGCACUCCACGAAUCAUAACAAAUCAUAACUAUGCUACUAACUGAGUACAGACAAUCAUUAAUUUCACAAUCAUAGGCAUGAUGCAAUGUGUACACUUAGAAUCAUUUCUGGAGUCAUAACAUUAUUUUAAGAGAACACAUAACAGCAUCUCUAGAAUCAUAACAUGAUUUUAUGUGUACACUUAGAACCAUUUCUGGAAUCAUAACCUUAUUAAUUUUUAUGUGUAGACAUAACAUUAUCUCUGAAAUCAUAACUUGAUUUUAUGUGUAUACAAAACAUCAUCUCUGGAAUUAUAGCCUGAUUUUCUGUGUACACAUUACAUCAUCUCUAGAAUCAUAACCUGAUUUUAUGUGUAAACAUAACACCAAUGGAAUCAUAACCUGAUUUUUUGAGUACACACAACAUCAUAUCUAGACUCAUAACCUGAUUUUUUGUGUAAACAUUACAUCAUCUCUAGAAUCAUAACUUGAUUUUAUGUGUAUACAAAAAAAUUAAAAAUCAUCUCUGGAAUCAGCAGCUGAUUUAUAAUAAAUAUGGCAAAGUCAAGACCCUUUGAAUUUCAGGGGGCAUUGAAAGUACUUGAAAUUGAUUUUUGGUUCUUGAAAAUCCUUCAUUUUGAUGCUUUUACGUGUGAAUGUGCCAAGCUUUAAAGUUGCAAUGUGACUGUAUAUUGCUGUUCUUCUGGUAAGCAAAAAAGUUCAUUAACUGGUCUUUCAAGUUGUCAUUGUUGCAUUUACAGUACAUGCAUGAACAACUAACAGCAACACACCACCUCUCAAUAGCUCCUACAUUAUAGUUCUACAUGUCUUUACUAACAGAAAACAAACCGUAACUGGCCAGUUUAAUCUGUAUGUUAUUAAUGAUAAUUAUAAUUUGUGCUUUCAUGAUAUGUAACAGAGAUGCUAGCCUCUGGAAAUCCAAAAUUUUGUUCAUGACAUUGUAAGCACUAGUUACUGCUUCCUUUGGGGAGAAAAGUAGCUGACUUCUUUGAGCAAAAUAACCAAAGUGUUUUGUCAGUCAUCGAUGCUUAUUGAAACCCCCUGGGUUAGGUAGAUUAAGGAGGAUGUUUCAGCCUGGGCUGGUAGGUUCACCCACCAAGAUGUGCCUAAUUCUUCAUACAAAGCCAAACCCAAUAAAUAAAUAUUGUUAAUAAGGCACUGGCCAUGAACUUUUGCCUCCAUGAAUGCAAUGACAAAAUUAAUGAUCUCAACAAUCAAAAACGUGUAAAAUGCCACCAGAAACUGUACAGUGUGUACUAUGAAAUUUAAGAUUAGAGGCAUUUUUGUAUUGUGGGAAAAAUUUGGGGUAUGUUCCAAAGUAAAGCAUUGAAAGACUCAAAAGUUGAUUUUACGGGAGAUUUGGGAGACUUCAGGAUAAUCUGGAAGUGUUGGCAUUUUUAUAAUGGAAUGGAAUUAACAGGGGUUUUUUUGUUUGUUUUUUUUUUACAAUAUUAUUCCCAAUUCGUCGCACUUUCCCAGCUGUUACAUUUGCCUCGCUAAUAAUUUAACUCAUUUUAAACACUUUGAUAACAAAUACUGCUUGUGAGAUGUUUUGUCACAUGCCUGUUGAAUUCAGCACCUCACACUAAAACAUGUUAUAAAACAGGGUUUUAAUGUACUUAGAUACAUUGUACAGACUGAGUUAUAUACAUGUAAGUAUCUUCAUUUGUACCAACAGGCACCAACGGGUGUAAUACUGUUAAUUUAUGUUUCAGUGCCUCCAAGAAUAACUGAGAUUCCUGUAAGGCAGUCAAGUGCAACUGUUGGAACAAAUUUGACACUGACAUGCAAUGCAUCUGGUGACCCCACCCCCAAUGUCAAUUGGACUAAAGAGGGUGAAACAGCAGCAGAGUUUAAUGUCUCUGGUCACAAGCUUCAUCUUGUUAAUGUAAAAAGAGAAAAUUUUGGAUCGUACAAGUGUACUGCUGAUAAUGGAUAUGGUACUCCUGCUACAAGCCUUGCAGUUGUUAAUGUAGAAUGU